AUGGUUAAAAAGGACCAAAUUGACUUAAAAAAUGUCGGACUAUCCAAAUAUGUUGUUAAAAAUGAUACUGGAAAUGAAAGAACUAAACAAAUUUUAAUGCGAAUAGAAAAUAUAAUUUUAAAUAUUGUCAAGAGUUUAUACAAUAAUAAUAAACUUGUGAUAAAUUUAACUAAACUAUCAAAUUGGUCGACUUGUUUUUAUGAUAAUAAAAAACAUCUUAUGACUAAAACUUUACGAUUUCAAACCAAACGAAGUCGAAUUAAUAAUACAAUCAUCAUUUACCUUUUGUCAAAGAUCUAUAAAAAUUUAAUGACAAAAAACUCAUGUACAACAAGAGAAUUAUACUACGGAGAUACAAUUCUAUUCAAACAUAGUAAUACUGUAAGGAAGGCACUUAUAGAUAUAUGUUGUUUAUUAGGUACAAAAUCUUGGGAAUUGGGUAUUACAUUAUCUUCUAGUGGUUUAGUAGCAGGAAAUCUAAUAAUUUAUAUGUCUAAUGGAACAUUCCUUGACUGUUCUUGUACUACAGAAGGUGUACAAAUACCUCAGGAUAUUUUAGAAAUAGACAACUUAGAAUCAAAAGCAAAAUAUAUUUUAAUAAUUGAAAAAAAUGCAUCAUUUCAAAAAAUUAUUAAUGAAGGAUUGUUGAAUACAAAUAAAUACACAUUCAUCAUGAUAACUGGUAAAGGAUUUCCUGAUAUCAAUACCAGGUUGUUUGUGAAACAGUUGUCUUGUAAAUUAAAUAUACCAAUAUUAGCCUUAGUUGAUGCAAAUCCAUUUGGUAUAGAAAUAAUGUGUGUUUACAGAUUUGGCUCCAAUUCCAUGGUUCAUCAAAAUGAAAUGCUUUGUGUGCCAUCAAUAAAGUGGCUAGGAGUUUAUCCUACAGACAUAGUAUCACUAAAUUUACCAAGUAUUACUUUAACUAGUUUGGAUCAAGAAAGAUUGAAAUCGCUUUUAAAAAGAUCAUAUAUAAAUUCCAAUCAUAAACUUUUGCAACAGGUAUUUUUAAAAUUAAAUGUAUUAAUGUUACACAAUUUAAACAGAAAAUCAGAAAUUGAGUCAUUGACAACAUUCACUCAGACAUAUCUAACUGAGGUUUAUAUUAAAAAAAAAAUUCUUACUCAAGACUUUAUAUAG